AUGAUUGACAUGAUUGCAUCGGUUGGACCUGGAGUUAAAGGACCUACUGGUAAACAAAUUGGUGGUGAAUAUUUAAACAAGGAGAUGCAAGAAAUUUUACAGUAUGUUGAUUCUUUAAAGCAGAAAUGGAAAACAUACGGAUGUACAAUUAUGUGUGAUGGUUGGAGUACUCGUACAAAACAUCCAAUCAUAAAUUUUAUGGUGUACUGUGAUAGAGAUAUGAUAUAUCACAGUUCGGUUGAUUGUACAAAUAAGGCGAAGACUGCGGACUUUGUCUACACCCUAAUGGAUAAGGUGGUGGAAUCAGUAGGGGUUGACAAUAUUGUACAAAUUGUAACUGAUAGUGAAGCUAGUAUGAAGGCGGCUGGGAAAAAACUGAUGAGGAAAAGGAAGCACAUUUUUUGGUCUCCAUGCGCAGCGCAUUGCAUUGAUUUGAUGUUAGAAGACAUCGGAGAUAUAUUGUCAGUGAAAGAUACGAUAAAAGAAGCCAGAAGAAUUACAGGAUUUAUAUACAACAGUGAUAAAGUGGUUAAUUUGAUGAAAACAUAUACGAAUGGCCGAGAUCUGUUGCGACCAGGCAUAACAAGAUUUGCAACCGAGUUUGUUGCAAUGGAAAGUCUUCUGAGAUAUGCAACCGAUUUGAAAAGAAUGUGUACUUCUAGAGAAUGGGUUGAGUACAAUAAUACCUCGAGGAGAAGACAUGAAGACGGAGAUAUAUCAGACUUGAUUUUGAAUGAAAGAUUUUGGAAACGGAUACGCCGAGUCUGUGGGGUCAUGGAACCCUUAGUGAAGGUUUUAAAAGUAGUUGAUCAAGAUAAAAAACCUACACUACCUAUCAUUUAUGAGGCAAUGGAUAGGGCAAAAAUGGCAAUAAAAACCGCGGUGAAAGAUUUUCAACAAUAUUGGGAUAUCAUCGAUGAAAGAUGGUAUAAUCAAUUGCAUCAAGAUUUGCAUGCAGCAGGAGUAAAAGAAGUUAUCAAAAGACUCGAGCCAGAUUUGGAUAUACAAGUAAAGGCUAUGAAUGAGAUAAACAUAUUUGUUAACAAAAUUGGAGAGUUUGGAAGUGCACUUGCUAUUAGAGCUGUAUCUACAUCUUUACCAGAUGAAUGGGUUAGAGAAAAUGAAUCUCCACUUAUUCGUGAUAGUGAUUUGAAUUGGUUGGAUGAGGCUAUUGAAGAAAGUGGAGAUCGAGGUCAAAGAAAUGAAAAUUAUUAUGCUACCCAAGACACUGAUCAUGGAUAUCGUCCUGGUAUAGAAGCUCAAAGAGAUUUUCUAAAUAGUUUAACAGAAUUUUCAAGUGAAGCCGAUGCUUCAAAUUUUUCAGAUACUAGGAGAUAUUCUGGAGUUCACGAACAUAUGCAAGACUUGAAUAUAGGUUAUUCCUAUGGAGAUUCUUCUCAUAGCUCGAGUAAUAGAUUGGGGAGACAGGAGUGGGACCAACCAAAUGCAUAUCAUAAUCCCUAUUACUCAGGAUACGGUUUAUCUAAUCUACCCAGACAUCUUCAGGAUUCAGCCAAUCUUCCUAUAUUUGGAUCCAACCAACCAGUUGGAACAUAUUACGGAGGGAUUACAUCUGGUUCGGGUAGUAUUGAUGAUCGUAGACAAAAUUAUGGUUCAUCAAGCAGAAGCAAUGAUAAUAGAGAAUAUCGAGGUUUUGAUGUAUAUGGAAGGGGUUCAUUCAGAGAAAAUCAAUAUGGUUCGAACAUCUCUCCUUAUCCAAGCAAUAUGAAUCCAGAACAAGGAUAUUCGUAA